GCCCUUUUUUCUUUGACGACACUCCUCUCUUACUUCUUCCGCGUCAAACUGUCAAAAAGAUGUUUAACGGCUUUGCAAACACCACCAGUGCUCCCCUUGCUCCAUAUGAUCAAUUUCAACGCCAAACCAGCAGUAGUAGAAGCAGCAAUAGCGACUCACUUACACUCGACCAAGUCACCCAUGCCCUGGACGACUGCCACUGUGUCAUAAACGACCAACGCGACGCCUUUCAACGCCUUAUUACCAAGGGUCGAAAAGUCAUUGCUCAGAAAACUAUUCAAAAUGAGGAGCUCCAAUACCAGGUCAAACUUUUACAGGCUGAAAAUUCAGCAUUGUUGGAACUACAAGCAAAAGAACAAUCGCAACGAGCCAUGAGCACAGGUUCUGACAAGGACAGCAACAACAACGGUCCGAACAAAGAUUUUCUCCGACUUUAUGAACUGGUCAUGAAGGCCGUUAACCUGUCAAAGAGCACCGCCACCCCGAUGUUGGAAUCGGUGCGUACUACUACUGCUACUCAGGAAGGGUCCCCCCCUAUCGAUAUCGAAGACAUUGAGCGUCAGCUCAAGACACAGCAGCACAAAAACGAAAAAACUCAAUCGGACCUCGCCGAAACUCGAUCGCAGCUGUCGGCGGCUGAGCAAAGGUUGACAGGGUGCUUGAAUAGUAACGUUUCACUAAUGCGGGAGGUUGAGGGUUUGAAAAAUCACCUACACCACGCGACAGAAGAGAAUAACACAAUGAGACAACAGCUGCAACAAAGCAAUGGAAGCGCCGGUACUGCAGCAGCUUUGAAGUCCGAAAAUCAAGAGUUAUGUAAAGCACUUGACGAGCUGAAAAUCUCAUUUAAUGUUCAAAAGGCACAAGCGGAUGGUCUUCGACAAAACCAAGAACAGGAACUGAUUGUGAAACAACGAGAAGUCCAAGUUAUGCGAGAUGAAAUCUCAGAUCUCGGAAGGAAGUAUGCAAGUCUCGAAUUGGAGCAUAGUAAAAUUAGCAUGGAACACGUCAUUAUGAAAACAGAACUAGCAGCGGCAGAAGAGGAGACAAAGAAAAUGGAAGAAGAACUAACCAGGGCGCGAAAGCAAGCGAAAAUGCUUAAUCAGAAUCUAGAGGAAGCGCAGCAAUAUAUAAACCGGUAUUACGUUUCAGUAACUCACAGCAACCAAACCGCCGAUGCUCACGGUCAUUACCAGUACAGCAACUACAAUCAAUACGCACAAUACCAUUAGUUUGUAA